AUGGCUUCCAGACAGCCGGACGAGAGUUUCACGGAAGAUUUAAUUUGUCCCAUUUGUCUUGAUUUCUUCACUGACCCGGUUUCACUGGAGCGUGAACACAACUUCUGCCGCUCCUGUAUCACCCAGUGUUGGGAGAAGAAGGGGAUAAACUCCUGCCCGGAAUGUAGAGAGGAGUUUCCGGAAAGAAACCUCAGAGGCAGUCGGGUCUUAGCGAAUCUGGCCGAGAAAGCUCGAAAAGUAAAGCUGGAUCCGAAAGAGAAGGAAAGUAAACUUCACUGUGAGGAACAUGAGGAAGAGCUGAAGCUGUUUUGUGAAACUGACAAGAAAUUGAUCUGUGUGAUUUGUAGAGAUUCGCGGGAACACAGAAAGCACCGCUUCAUGCAGAUUAAAGAAGCUGUUGGAAUGUACAAGGAUCGGGUGAAAUCUUCCUUCGAUUCUCUCACAGAAGAAAUCGGCGGUUCUAGAAAUGGAGCAGCAGCAGAAACAGAAGAUUUCCCAAAACAGUCGAGCAGUCUGCAGACCCACAUCACAUUCGAGUUCACUAAAAUGCACCAGAUUCUCACUGAGAAGGAGCAGCGUUUAAUCCGAGAUCUCAGGGAAGAAGAGAGGGAUUUGGGAGUACACAUCGCAAUUUCAAAAUCUGCAGCUGGCACGAAAUUUGGAAGAUUAAUUUUAAACCGUGGAGAAGUUAGUAACAAACUUGCAGAGGACAAUACACGGGUUGUUGGAAUAGGCGAACACGUGGAAGCUGAAAUUCAACACAGGAAUUUGAGGAAUCUUGUCGGCCAAGGAGCUCCAGCCUCUCUGACUCUGGAUCCGGACACAGCGAAUUCCCGGCUCAUCCUGUCUGAGGACCGGACCAGUGUGAGACUCGUAGACAAACAGCAGCCGCUCCCUGACACCCCGGAGAGGUUUGAUUACUGGUUCUGUGCCCUGGGAUCAGAGGGAUUCACAUCAGGGAGACAUUACUGGGAGGUGGAGGUGGGGAACAAGACUGAGUGGGGUUUGGGAGUGACCCGAGAGUCUGCCGAGAAGAAAGAGGGAAUUGAUCUGAGACCUGAGGCCGGAAACUGGACUGUGUGGUUCAGGCGCGUUCAUGGUUACGCUGCUGGAACCAGCCCGGGCACCCUCCUCACCCCGAGUGUGAAUCCCCGGAAGAUCGGGGUUUUCCUGGACUAUGAGGGUGGACAGGUGUCAUUUUACAAUGCGGACAACAUGUCCCAUCUCCACACUUUCACCCACAAUUUCACUGAGAGAAUCUUCCCCAUCUUUCAAGUGCUGGGGAUUUGUCAGCCCACAGCCCCAACAAUUUGCUCACUAAAUCUGAAAGAGAAGGACAGUAAACUUCACUGUGAGGAACAUGAGGAAGAGCUGAAGCUGUUUUGUGAAACUGACAAGAAAUUGAUCUCUGUGAUUUGUAGAAAUUCACGGGAACACAGAGACCACCGCUUCAUACCGAUUAAAGAAGCUGUUGGAAUGUACAAGGUUCACAGUAGUGUUCCCCCAGGUUCAGUGCUAGGAUUGCUGUUUGUGAAACAGAUUGGUGACUUGGAGGUAAGCAUUGUAUAG